AUGCUGACUGCUGUCAGGGCCGCCAGACGCUCCCUCAGACAUUUCAGGAGCUUCUCUAACUCUGCCAUCCACUCAGGGUACCAGCAGGCCAAUGUCGUCAUCCUGCCCAGACAUCUGGCCGAUGACUUUGAAGUGUUCUGUCGCAGAAACCCCGCCCCCUUGCCACUCCUUUAUCGCAGCCAAACAGGGCAGACUUCCUGUCCGCCUCUUGCGAGAGAUGCAGACAUAAGGACAGAUAUUUCUCAAUACUAUGUGUAUGAAGAGGGUUGCCCGGUGAAAACCGUCUCAAGUCUGCAGUUUUACAGCACUCAUGCUCCCAGGACUGCGUCCGGGCAGCAGGCUGUACAUCACGGCCCGUGGUCAGACAUGAUUUGCUUCUAUCUGGGCUGCAGUUUUGGCUUUGAGGACCGACUGAAGAAAGCUGGAGUCCCAGUCAGGAACGUAGAGCAGGGCACAAACGUCAGCAUGUACAGGACUGCAGUUCCGUGUAUUCCUGCGGCAGUGUUCAGCUGCCCUCUAGUGGUCACUAUGCGUCCUGUUCCAGCUGGCAUGCUGGAUGCAGCAGUAGAGGUUACUCACCUCAACCCGCUUGCACAUGGAGCUCCUGUACACAUAGGAGACCCAGCUCUCCUCGGUAUACAGGACCUGUCCAGACCAGACUAUGGGGAGCAAGUACAGCUGCAGCCUGGCGAUGUCCCAGUGUUCUGGGCCUGUGGAGUGACUGCUAUUGAAGCAAUAAUCAACAGCAAGCCUUCUCUGGCAUUCAGCCACUCACCAGGCUGUAUGUUCCUGACUGACAUCCCAGACUCGUGCUCUUCUUCUCCCACACCUCCACCCUCUGAGGGCCCCGUAGGCUCUCCCUCCAUGGAUCACAGUCUUGAACUGAUUCCCUUCUGCUUUUUGGUAUCCCACAAUCCCUUGCUGUACAGCUUGGCAUCUCAGAGGGCCGUGGAAAAAAUCCGACAGCUGGCGACAAUUAUUGGAGAGGACCCAGGUCAACGAGGGAUUCAAGCUUUAUUUGUUCAGGAUGAACUUCUGCGCUCCUGCCUGGCACUCUCUCAUGCGUGCUCUGUUGCCAUAACUACCGGCUUUCCAACCCACUACAUGCAUAGUCCCCCUGACGAGACCGACGGCCCACCUGGAGCCAUUGCCAUGGCAACCAUGCUGCUGUCGCUUGGGAAGCAGGUGACAAUGGUGACCGACAGGAGAGCCUUUGAGAUGAACCAGGCCCUGAUUAAUGAGGCUGUGAGGACAGGUGUGCUGAAAACUGCAAUCCCAUUGGUCACUUUUGAAGCCAGCAGCCCAGACUCUCCACUUCACUUCCUGUGUCACGAUGGAGACCCCAGCAAGCCCAGGUAUGACCACCUUGUGGCGAUAGAGCGCACUGGACGUGCGCGAGAUGGAAAUUACUACAACAUGAGGGGAGUCAACAUCAAACAUCUGGUGGACCCCAUCGAUGACUUGUUUAUUGCUGCCAAGAAUAUAUCAGGAAUAGUCACUACAGGAGUCGGGGAUGGUGGUAAUGAGUUGGGGAUGGGCAAACUGAAGGACAAGGUGGAGGAGCUGAUGCCCAACGGGGGUCUCAUAGCCUGCGUUGUCCCUGCUGACUAUGCCAUCACUGCUGGGGUGUCUAACUGGGGAGGCUACGCUGUGGCCUGUGGGCUCUACCUGCUGCACACCUGCCCCUCCCACCAGCGAUACAGAAAGAAAGGACUGGGAUUUGAGCACUCCAUCCCCCAGGAAGAGCUCCAGGACUGGACUGCUAACCUGCCAUCUGUGGACAAGGAGGAGUCCAUCCUCUCCACUCUGGUGCGUUUUGGGAUAAGAAGCGGGAAAACUGGUAACCUGGCGAUGGAGGUGGAUGGUUUGACCUUUCACCCCACACACUCCGACAUCAUCACCAGACUGCUGGAAGUCACACGAGGCAGCACCACAACGAGCCUUUGA